AUGUGCAAAAAGUACGAAAAAUCGUUAUUUUAUUCGAAACCUAAUUUCUUUGAAGAUAUCAAUAAUUUUGACGGCAGACGAAAAGUAUUAUCUGUUGCUAAUGAGAUAGUGGUUGGUUCUAUGGACGGCGUGGUGAUAACCUUUACUAAGACUGAAGACUUUAAAAAUAUUGUUUUAAAUGUUACUGAAGCUCUUCAUCUGGUGGAAAGAAGAAGAGAUCUUGAUAAAUGGUUUAAAACCUUAAGAAUGAGAGUGACUGCCUGGAAGAGUGAUGCAGAUGCUAUUGUAUUGCUAACUACUAGUGGGAGGUCAGCUCAGAUGCUUUCUGCGCUAUCACCACCGUGUCCUAUUAUAGCAGUUACUGCUCACGAAUCCAUAGCUAGACGUCUGCAUAUAUUUCGUAACGUUAUUCCUCUCUAUUAUCAAAGGCGUCGGGCCGUAAACUGGCGCGAAGAGUGCCGAAAUAGAGUACUUUUUGGCAGCGAAUUUGCUUUGAAGACCGGCCUAUUCUGCGGCGGAGCCAAAUUAGUCGUGCUUGCGCCGUCCGAAGAAGGCGCGGCGUACUGUGAUGAGUUCCAAAUUGUUAUUGCGCCUCUUCAAUACGCCAAGUGAAUUUUGUCAGUGUUGCAUCGUAUAUCUUCAUCUAUAAUAUAAUAAAAAGAAUAGAUCUGAUUGUUUGUUUGUUUGCUUGAAUUUAAUAGUCUUAAAACGAUUUGAUCGCUUUUAAAAAUUUACAUGGGUAAACAGUGGUUACGAUACCGAGAAUCUGCUCAUAAUAAGCUAGUCAAGCAUAAAUUGAAUUAA